GAUCUAGGAGGCGGCAGUGGGUGUGGGAGAAGGAACAACAGGGAUUUUUGGGGGGCUGCGGUGAAGUGAAGACCCCGAGUUGAGCGAGAGGGGCAGCGCGAGAAGCCGCGGGAUCCGGGCGUGGCCUGGCGCACGGACGUGGGCGGAGCCUGAGACGUCACGCAGCGUGGGCGGGGCUGCAGGGGGGUUGUCCGUCCGCGGCACGCACAGCAGCCGCAGCCACCUCGCGCCGGGUCUCGCGGUCGCAGGUCCCAGUCGCAGCAGCCUCUGCCCGCCGCCUCCAGUCGCCUCCACCUCCCGCUUCGUGGGUCGGUUUCCUCCGGCACACGGGCUCCCGCCGCCGCCACCGCCCUUCCGAUCCCUUCAGGCCGCCCCGCGAAGAUGGUGGACCGCGAGCAACUGGUGCAGAAAGCCCGGCUGGCGGAGCAGGCGGAGCGCUACGACGACAUGGCCGCGGCCAUGAAGAACGUGACCGAGCUGAAUGAGCCGCUGUCCAACGAAGAACGCAACCUGCUGUCCGUGGCCUACAAGAACGUGGUGGGGGCCCGCCGCUCCUCCUGGAGGGUCAUCAGCAGCAUUGAGCAGAAGACCUCGGCCGAUGGCAAUGAGAAGAAGAUUGAGAUGGUCCGCGCCUAUCGCGAGAAGAUCGAGAAGGAGCUGGAGGCCGUGUGUCAGGAUGUGCUGAGCCUGCUAGACAACUACCUGAUCAAGAAUUGCGGUGAGACCCAGUACGAGAGCAAAGUCUUCUACCUGAAGAUGAAGGGCGACUACUACCGCUACCUGGCCGAGGUGGCCACCGGGGAGAAGCGGGCGACAGUGGUGGAGUCAUCCGAGAAGGCCUACAGCGAGGCCCACGAGAUCAGCAAGGAGCACAUGCAGCCCACCCACCCCAUCCGGCUCGGCCUGGCGCUCAACUACUCCGUGUUCUACUACGAGAUCCAGAACGCCCCGGAGCAGGCCUGCCACUUGGCCAAGACCGCCUUUGACGACGCCAUCGCCGAGCUCGACACGCUGAACGAGGACUCCUACAAGGACUCCACGCUCAUCAUGCAGCUGCUCCGAGACAACCUCACGCUCUGGACAAGCGACCAGCAGGAUGACGACGGCGGCGAAGGCAACAACUAAGGCCCCGGCUGGACUGGCAGCGCACGCUGAUGCUACUACUGCAGUCUUUAUUUUUUUCCCAUGAGUUGGGGGUCGGGUGGGGGAGGGCAAGGGAGGGCUGACCUUCCUAGGGAGAAACCCACGACCUGUCCUGUCUUUGAUCGCCUCUUUUGACAUUUUUGCCAAAAUACCAUGAGUGGAAAGUCAGGCUAGCUGUGCUGCUGCUGAUGUUGGAAUAGCAGCCUCACACGGCAUCCGGACUGUUGUGUAGGCUGACGCAAGCAGAGCUGUCUGUCUUUAGUUUAACUUAUUGCUAGACGCUAGGGUUUUCAGACGAAACGGAAGCUCACAAAGGAAUGGCCCUCAUCAAUAAGUUCUGUGGUUCCAGUAAGGAUUUUUAUGUACAUAUGCUCUUGUCUUAAGUCUUGGGUAUUUCUUGGGUCUCUCAUCUGUUUGAGCUGGGUUUUUUGUUUUGUUUUGUUUUGUUUUUUCCCUCCCCUAGGAUAUACCCUCCCAGACAUGGGAGUAGUGUAAACCCCAAACUAACAGACUUAGAGCAUGAGUUACGUCUGUCCUUACGGUUUAGGCCUCCUCAGUUGUGCGCAGUCUCCGACCAACAGUAUUAACACUACAUUGCAGUUUACAGCAUCUACAUUACAGCCAUACAUACCCAUCAGGCCAUCGCUUGUGUGUUUUUCCUUGUUGGUUCUUUUGGCUUCACAUCCUCACUCAGCCUUCCUUCCCCAGGCUGGCUUCUGCUGUCCACUGCUCCGGUCUCCUUACCCCGUGGGCUUUGCCUGGGGUGGGGGGUGGGGAAUCAAAGCAGCUUGAGUUUUUGGUUAGUACGUGCUUGGCAGGUGGCUGUGGGAUUUUUUUUUUUUUCCUUUUUUGACCUUUCCCUUCAUCCACCACAAAAAUUAUUAUUAAUCACUUUAAUAGAACCCCCCCACACACACACAUACACACACAAAAAAAAAAAUUAGAGAAAAUUCAGGUCUGUAUGUCACUGAUCAUGUUGGUAUUUUUCCCAGGAGGCCCUGGCUUCUAGAAUUCUGCUUGGCACUGAGUGUCCACUGUACCCUCCGCCGGUAGCCUCUGCUGAGCAGGAAGCUGAGAAGCUAAGCCAUGGGCUUAUCCCAGCUGCCCAGGGGCUGCUGUGAGAAAGAGUGCAGGGCAGUGUGUGGAUGCCUGGAAAUCCACCAGGAAGGAAGGCGGGGCCUCUCGUGAGAGUGUCAGUUUCUCUUCCCUUGAAAAUACUCCUUCCUCAGACUGCUUAUCACAGGAAGAUUAAACUGAAGCCACCAUCAUACAGCAAACCUUCAACUCGUAUUUGACCACUUUUUUUUUUUUUUUGAACAAAAGCAUUGACGUCAGACGUGGGCUUUCCCUCUUGUGCGUUCAGCGUGCACUCUGGCGUCAGAGGACACCACCACUCUCGGCACAGCUUUGCUCUCAGCAUCCCCAGUUCUCAUUCUGGAUCAGUCAGUGUGUCAGAACACAGCGCAUGUUCUUGGGUUGUUCAGGCAAGGAGAGGGCUGACGGAGGAACUGGCAGUAGAUACCAGUUAGGGACAGAGUAGCCUUCCCCAGGACCCGUGAUGGUGACGCUGGAACAGCACUGACGGGACUCUGACAUUGCACAGAGACUUGCCUUUUCCCAGGACAACUCUUUCCAAGGACCCUCCACAUGCUCAAGCGGGGGUCCCCGGGAACAGAACCAGGAGCAAGUCUCAUGGCUUCUGUCCCCCUAAAGAGGCCCAGAGUCCAAUCUGAGGGUGGGGAGGGGGACCUUUUUUUCCUGUCAUGUCCAGUGAGCUGUGUCGUGUCCUUUGUAGCAUUUGGAAAUGAUUUACUGGAAUUACAAAACCUAUUUUUUUCAAUUUCAGCUUUUGGCUCUGGCUGCUUUUUAGACUCUUGCAAGAUAAAAAUCAUACUCGAGGGCUUUAAAAAAAAAAAAGGGGAUGGGAGGCUUGAUGUUUAAGCAGCUUGAAUGGUUCGUUUCCUUUGUUUUUAAAGAAAUGUACUUGCCUCUGAUAUUGUCUCUAGUGAGAUGAUCACUCUUCCAUUACUCUAUUCAAACAAUAUUGUGCAUGCUAGUGUUGUAUUUCUAUACAGUAGCUUGAAAUUUAUUAACUUAUACUGUAGGUGUUAUGUAUUCCUAUGACAAAAAAAAAUUAUGUCUUCAAAAAAAUUUUUUUUAAGUUUUUUUUUAAUUUAAUUUUUCCCUUUUUUUUUGGGGGGGGGUCAAGUUUGCUCUACCAAAUAGUGAUCGUAACAAAUUUGAUCUGUUUUGGAUGUUACCAUAGUGAGAUGCAAUUCUAUAUUUUGUUUUUAAGUGGGGCGGGUGGGGGGGGAGGCAAAAAGAAACACCAGUGUUAGCUUAAUCUUAAUGUCUGGUGUUUGUCAUGGUGAAAUUCUAACUAUUACAGUGUAGGAGAACAGUGUUCUCUGAAUGAGCCUUUGUGCUUUUUUUGUCAUGUUAUGCAGUGAACUCUUUUUAAGGUCUAAUCAGUGAUUAUUUUUCCAACUCCGUGUUUCUCUAAGGAAUUCUUUCACACACGGACCGUUCUUAGCAGUUUUCCUCAGUGACGGAAUAUCAUGAAUGUCAGUCAUUACGUAGCUGUCAUACAUUGAGCAAAUAAACUUACAGAUCUGA